AUUAAAUUAUGAACCCAAUAAAUAAUGAUACAAUUGAAAAAUUAUCAAAAAAACUUCUGCUUUGUGUACUUGAUGAGAACCUAGAUAAACUUUCAAUAUUGAAGAAUAUCUAUGGAUGGUCUGAAGGAGAACAAACUAUCAUAGAAUACAAAAGUAUAGAAGAACUAUAUUCGUCAUAUGAAAUACAAACCAGUGGUUUACUUAGUGAUACGAAAGAAAAGAUAGAUUUGGUAGAUUUCCAGAAAGACUGUUCUUUUAUUGAGGCAACUCUAAAGAAAACGUUUCAAGAACUUAAAGAACAUGGAACUUACACUGAACUUACUGCUCUUGUAAAUAUAUUUAAACAACUUCAAACGGAUGAGGCCAGUUUUUUACUGAACACAAAAAGUAAAGAAGAAGAAUAUAUAAAGUUACAGAGCAUAUACUUAAAUGAAAAAGAAAAUUUCUUGACUAGGAUUCAUGAGACAAUGGUUAAAAUAGGAGAAUUAAAAGAUGAGAUAGAGGAUUUUGUACAAGAGAGCAAAAUAAAAGAGGCAUACAUAAAAAACUGGGAAACAGCGGAAACUGAACUAAAUGAUUUUACAAUGAAAGAAAAAGAAGAACAAAUAAAUCACAAAAUAAAAGCUACACAACAAAACUUUGCUAAAGAAAGUAGAGUUCAUCAAGAAGUUAGGAAUAUGUUUAAUGAAAUUGAAAUGGACUUGCAAAACGAAAUUAAACAAUGGAAAAUAAGAUAUGAACAUGAUUUACAAAUAAUGGAAGAAAAAAUAAAGAUUCUGAAGGAGAAAAAGGAAGCCCAACAGGAGAAAACAGCAGAAAUGAUAAAAAAGUAUUUUAUUAGGCAGAAGGCCAUUGAUGAUUACAAUGAACAUAAAAUCCAACAAGAAAUGGAACGCCAAGAGAAAGAAAGAAAAGAUAGGGCUGCAACAAAAAUUCAGGCCUGGUGGAGGGGUAUUAUGGUUAGAAAAGGUUUUGGAAAAUAUAAAAAGAAAAAAGACAAAAAAGGAAAGAAGAAAGCUAAUGAUAAGAAAAAGUAAUAUUACUAUUUUUUUUU